CUGUCUGAACACAUGUGCAACUGCUUAUCAAAAUCAGUUUCCUCAAUGGACGACAAGAAUUAAAACGCAAUUACCAGAUUUUAAAAAAAUGGUGAGACCAAAAUUCGCUUACAAACAGUGCCAGAAAAUCGUGUUCGUGUGCUCGCUGCUCCUCAUCAUCUGGCUGUACAUCAAGAAGGAGAGAAGUCUAACCGCUGCCCACAAGCGAGCCAAGAUUCCGGCGGGAGAAUUCAAAUACAGAUUCGGUCAUGCACAAGGAGAGAUAUUCCAGCAACAGCAGCAAGCGGCGAAUUACUUUGCUCUCCUGCAACAACAGCAACAACAGCAGUUUCAACAGCAGCAGUUUCAGCAACAGCAACAGUUUCAGCAACAACAGCAGUUUCAACAACAGCCUAUGGUUCAGCCCCCUUUUUACAACUUUCCGCAACAACCUUACAAUCCUGUACAGGUCGUGAACCAAGUUCCAGUUCAGAAUGAGUUCAGGAACCAGUUCGCGGGCCAGGCGCCUAACCAGCCAAUGGGUAUUCAGAACCCUUUCCCACCCAAGGAUCCUGUUCAACCCGUGAACAUGAAUGUGCAACCUGCCAAUGUUUUCGUGCAACCGAAAGCAGGUGGAAUGGCAAAUAUACCAGCCUUUGCAGCUGCACCAGAGUUCGAAAUCGUUCCCUCCGCCAAGAACGUGACGCCCCACGACGCUCGCCUGCUCGUCUACAACCGCGUGCCCAAGUGCGGCUCGACGACCGUCCUGGACAUUCUCAACUUAACGGCGAGGAUGAACAAGUACUGGUACAGACACUCGCUCCUCUACAACGAGAUGAACCUGACGAGCGCGCAGCAGAGGAUGGUUCUGACUCACUUGGGCGUUCAGAACUGGAAGAUUCCCAUCAGCUACGACCGCCACAUGUACUACGUAGAUUUCGCCAAGCAAGGAAACUCUCGCGUCGCCUGGAUGAACAUCAUUCGCGACCCCGUCGAGAGGAUCAUCAGCGAGUUCUACUUUCAUACGCGUACAAGUCCCGCUGGGAUACCAUCGAGUCCCUCAAGAAAAUCAGCCACAGGAAGCCCCCAGAUUCGUGGUUCGAGAUGACACUUGACGAGUGCGUCCCCGCCAAGCAUCCCGAGUGCUACCCGAGGCUGGGCCAGUACAUGAGGAUGCAGCUGACCUUCCUGUGCGGUACCGAUCCUGUGUGCAGCCAAGUGGGGAACCGCAAGGCCCUCCAGCUGGCCAAGAUGCACGUAGAACGCCAGUACAGUGUGGUCGGGACUCUUGAAGAAUUUCCUUUGACCUUGCGAGUCUUGGAGGCUUACCUGCCGAGAUUCUUCCACGGG